GGUGAGUGUAUUUUUUAACGGCCUAAGAUACAAAAGUAUUUAACUUAUAAUUUCGAAGAAAUACGAUAUCCAAAUCGAAUCCGCAUUUACGAUACGAAGACUUCCGGCGUGACCUCGGGUCGGUUGCCGAAAGAAAUCCGUUGAACUGGUGUACAGUGAGCUCCAAGUACGGGUCAGAACAAGCGAGGGAUGUGAGAGAAGGGUCAUGACUAAAAUUUGGCGCUGGAAAGAAAAUUCGAAGACGUACGAGGUUUCAAAGACUCGAAGUUUAUAACUUGCACCAUCUAGGAUAUUGAAAUCAGUUACAUGCACAUAGUUACAAACAAGUUACAACGAUCAUCUCUUUCAUCGUCUUCGUCGUCAUCGUCUUCAUCUUUGCUGUUCUUUCGUCCAAUCUUUUCCAGUUUCUUCGAUAGAGGUUCAUUGUUUGACUAUCAGACAUCAUCAGGUACGCAGAAAGAUUCAAGAUGGAUUUCAUUAAACUACUGACGCUUUUGACUUUUCUCCUAUUUACGUUGUUCUUGGGUGCCGUUCAAGUUCACGAAAACAGAAUUAAAAUCUUUAUUCCGCUCGUUGAAGGAAGAGGUGUUCAUUCUUGGAAACAAGCUAAUUAUCGAUGUUCAAAUAUAAACGCCAGUCUUGCAGUAUUCCUCUCAUCCAGAGAGGCAAAAUCUGCGGUGACCACCAUUAAAAAUAUCAAGAAAAAUAUCUUAAUCGCCAUUGGAUUAAAAAGGAAUGGUAAGGGUUCGAUUACAUGGAUGAAAGGACAAAACCUUGACAAUGAAGUGAUACGAACUUUGGGAUGGAAAAAUACAUUGGAAGCUCAGAUAUCGGGAGGGAACUGUUUCUACAUGAAUAAAACUGGCAGUCUGUUUUCUACUAUUUGCAUUUAUACCGAGAAAGAACUCACUCCUCUCUGUGAAACAUACAUUCGACGUUCACAAGGGACUCCGGUUGACCGCUGCCAUGAUCAAAGUGCCCGUUACGUAUACAAACCUGUUUUUAGUACGCAUAAAACAUGGGAAAACGCUGUAGCUGAUUGUCAAAUUCAAGGCGUUUGUUUAGCGCGUCCAUCAAGCCCAUCGAAUCUUAAGACAAUACAACUAGCCUUUCUUGAGAAUAAGGUUCACGGUAAAAAGAUGUAUUGGGUUGGGAUAAAGUAUGAUGCACAAAUAUCGAACUUUAAGUGGGAUAAUGAUCUGCCGGUUACCAAUCGACAAUCUUUCUCGCAAAUCACAAAUUUGAGUGAACAGAAAUCUCCUAAUUUUGAUAAACGAUGCCUGGCAGCGACACGAGCCACGAAACUAGAAGCACAACGCUGUGGUACGACUAUGAAAUAUAUGUGUCAGAUCCCAUUAAAAGCAGCUAAUACUAAUGCUCCAUUCAGUGUUUCCACCAACAUUGGAAAUAAUGGCAAUAACGGCAAUAAUGGCAACGGCAAUAACGGUAACAGUGGCAAUAAAGGCAAUGGCAAGGGAAACAAACAGGUUGAAUCUUUUGUGAAUGGAAUGAAGGAUUUGAAGCCGCACAAUAAAGAUUCUCUAAAGAACGCGAUGAACUUAACAACAACAUUGAUGAAAAACAUUGAACGAGGCACGAAGAAUGGAAAUGAGAAAUCCAACUUUAUGAAAGGAGCUUUACAGCUUGAAAAGUUUAGCAUUGAAUAUGCCAAACAGCAUAUCAAUAAGACCAACAAAGAUCCUAUCAGAAGAAACAACGAAAGAUUUGUUCUCGAGAUGCGAAAGGUCUUUACAAAGCCCCAGAAAAAUCUCAAGUUUCCCGAGGACUUGAAUAGAGGUGAAGCAACAAUCAUCGAGCUCCCAGCCAGUUUGUUUAAUGUGAUCAAAGAUAGCGGUAUCGUAAUGGUCAGCAGUCUCUUCACGGGAGUCAGUGAUACGUUACCAACUCUAAC